ACAGGUAUUUACUAGAAGGUUAAUUUUUGGAAUUUUUUUUUUUACAAGGAAGGGACGAAGGUUUUUUUUUAUUCUUUUUUUUUUUUUUCAAGGUGAAACAUGAAUCCUGUUCCAGCUUUGCCAUUUUUGCCCGGUUUUAAUUUUGAUUCGAAGAUUGGUAAAACAAAAUUUCACAAGAGUCAGAUUUUUGAUAAAAUUCAUAAUGGUGUUUAUUAUCUUGCGGAGAAGCCACAUUUUUCGCGACACAGUCGUUAUUUAUCGUUUCAUGAUGAAGGAGAAAAACCAACAUGGCUCGCUUUUGAUGGACAGCGACUAAUGUUCAAAGCCUACUUUCAAUUAAAUACUCGAGAUAAUUCUUCAUUUUCAAUUCGAAAUUGUACGAUAAGUUUUUUUUUGGAAGAUGGAACAAUGAAAGUUUCUGAGCCAAUUACAGGAAAUAGUGGUUUAGAGCAAGGUCUUAUUGUUAGAAGACAGAGAAUUCCAAUACCAGAUCCAGUUACUUUUCGUUAUUACGAUAUUUUGGAUUUAAAUAUUGGGAAACAAAUAAAAAUUUAUGGAAGAAUUUACAAUAUUAUUGAUUGUGAUAAAUUUACAAGAAAUUUUCUCAAUCGAAAUGGAAUUCCAGUUCCGCAGCCUAUUGAAUUAUCUUCGGAUUCGUAUGCCGAGAAAAAAGAUAUUUUUCAAAAAAAACCAAAUCGAAUACCCGAUACUAGGGGAAAUUUUUUGAAAUAUGAUAAAAAAGUUUUGAGAUUCUAUGGCUAUUGGGAUGAUAGGGACAAUCUUUAUGGUGAAAUUCAUAAUUUAGAAAUUCAUUAUUAUCUUGCCGACGAUACAAUUGAAGUAAAAGAGAUUUUACCUGAAAAUUCUGGACGUGAUGUUGGACCACUUUUUCUGAAAAGAUCAAAAAUUCCCAAGAAUUUUGAAAAAAUUGAUCCAAUUGGAUCGGGAGAUACAUUUACAAUUUUAAAUGUUCUUGGCGAUAAUGGAGCAAAAAGUUACUAUAUGGCAGAUUCAUUAAAUACGGGAACUUAUCUACAGGAUUAUUUUAAAGAUCAUGAUCUCACAAUUGGAAGUGUUAUUGAUGUUUUUGGAAGAAAAGUUGUAAUUACCGAUCUCGAUUCUUUUACCAAAGAUUAUUAUAGAAUGAAAUAUGGAAUUGACAAUUUUACACCUUUGAAAGGACCAUUGGAAAAGUGUGAUUACGAUAAUAAAAUUGAGAAAUUUAUACCUCCAUACAACGGUUAUGGAUCAUAUGAAGACUCUCUUGGAAAUUGCUUUUCAGUAACACCUAAGGCGCCAAAUGUAGAUUUCACCAAGUUUUACUAUCACGAUAAACAAGGAUUUGACAGUCAAAUACUGAGAUUCCAGGCAAAAAUGAUAUCGAAAAUUCCCGAGAACGCUGAGAGAUGUUUUAUAAUUCGAAUUUUUCUUAUGGAUAAUACAAUUGCCAUUUUUGAGCUUUCUAAAAGAAAUUCUGGCUUUAUGAGUUGUCUUUUUCAAAAAAGAAUGCGAGUAAUGCUACCUGGACAGGAAAUAUUCUCCAAUGAGCCACCGAAUUAUUAUAAACCAAAUGAUUUUUACAUUGGCGCUAAUUUAACACUCAAUGGAUUUUUAUUUCAAUUAACAUUCGCCGAUUCUUAUACUCUUCGAUAUAUGGAACAACAUUCCGACGAGUUCCCGAAAGCAAAUUCAAGACUAAUUAUGGAUAAACUUCGUGAAUUAUUGAAACCAAUUUAUAAAGAAUUUAAAAAAGAUUUAAUUGCAACAUUAAACGAAGAUGGAACUUUAAUAUUGGAAUUUGAACAUUUUAGAAAAACUCUCUUGAGAUAUUUGGGAGAAAAUAUAACAGAACAUGAAAUUAUAACUAUUGCACGUCAUUAUUCUUCACGUGAAAAAAGAGAAUUUAAUUCUCGAGAUUAUAUCAGGGCUUUGGUUCAUACCGAAAUUAAUCGUUUUCUUUGGACGGAACUUGAUCGUCUCGAAGAAGAUAUUCUUCAUUUGGAUAGAACUAGAACCGGUUAUUUAUCGCGAAAUGAACUUUAUCGAAUUUUGCGAGGAUGUCGAAUUCCCCUUAAUGUUGAAUUAUUAAAUACAAUGCUUGAUGUUUUCGAUGACAAUAAACAGGGAACAAUUAAUUAUUGUGACUUACUUAAAUUUUUGAAUGUCAAAAUAAAUCCAAUGACUCCAGUGGCUCCUGUGAAUAUAAAGACGGCACUUUGGUGGACAUCAGAAAAAGAAAUUGAAUGUGGAGCAAAAAUAGAAUUUCCAGCCUUUAUUGAAGAUUUAAAUUUAGAUGAAAAAGAAAAUCCUAUGUCUGAUGAUAAGUAUAAUGAUUUAUCUGCAAAUUAAAUAAUAAUUAAAUAAAACUAAAUAAUAAAACAAAAUAAAUAAAACAAAGUACUCGAAAA